AUGAAAUCAUAAUGUUACUUACAUGGAUAUCCUCCAGAUUGUCAAUACUAAUUAGAAGAUCUCUAUAAUCUCAUACGUGAAAAUGAUGAUUCUAUUACACUAGAGCGCAUUUUUAAAAUGCUUCGAGUAUGAUUUUAUAAUAUCAAAAAAGACUUGGUAAUAUGAAGUACCAUUCUCGAAUUUAUGUUUGCUCCUUCGUAAAGCUAAUCAAGCUUGUCAUUAGAAUGCUAAGAACUAUUUAAAUGAAGCAGCGUUUCAUCAACUUUUGCAUAAUGCUGAGUUACAAAGAUUGUUCAAGCCAAAAAAAGAUGAAACAUAUUUUACUCCUACAACAUUAGAAGGUUUAUUUAAACGUAUGGGAGAAUAAAUGGAAAGGAAGAGACUUCAUGAAAAGUUAAAGCAUGAAGGAAUCUCAAACAAGGAGAAAUUUAGUUUUAUGUUACAAUUAUUGUAAGUGGGUUCUCCUCGAAAAGAGAGACAGAGUUCUAUUGCAAUGGAGAAGGCUAAGAGUGUGAGAAAAGUCAAAGAUGAGGAAGUGAAUUUCAUAAAGGAGUAAAGGAAGAUCAAGAGGAAGGCUGAAAGCAUGUAAGAUCCUUAUAGUUUGGCAAAAUUUACUAAACUCCCAAAUACAAUUUUUCAUGCUCCUACAAGUCGCAUUAGAUAAUUGCAUUAUCAUAUGAUAUAGCCGAUGGAGGAUGUACGAUAGAAUUAAAUGAACAAUAUUAAUAUUAAAUCAUAGGUUAACCUUUCAAUUAGGUUGCCAUAAAUUUAAAAUAUAUGAAACAACAACGAUAUUAAAUGGAUUCCAAUCUCUCAAAGAAUAAUUUGCUAUAAAAAUUUCAGCCUAAUCGAGAAUCAUCAGCUAAGAAACUAAGCAAUUCAGAAGUGAAUGCAGCAAUUUAGAAAUACUUUUAGUUACUCAAAAAGAAGGAAGGAAAGAUUAUGAGUCCAAUAAUUUCUCCGACUCAAUCAUCCAAAAUUCUAAGCCAGUUAGUGACCAAAGUAUCACCUACUUUAGAUAUCAACGUUCCAAUUAAGCCACCUACACCUACAGGAACUUAAUCAUAUAGACCAUCAACUGAAAAGAAACCUCAUCAUCGUCCUCAGUAAUCAAUGGGUCAAAGCAAGGAUUUGAUUUUACAAAAGCUUCAAACAGCAUUAUUUCAAAAGCCAAAGACUUAAUCUCAAUAGGUGACACCUAAAAGUACUGGAAAGGGGAGUUUGAGUGUAAAUAAGUAUUUUGAGAGCACUUAAAAAUUAUAAGGCGAAUCUCAAGAAUACUACUUAACAAAAGUCAAGAAUGCAUUCUCAAAGCCAUUGACGGAUGAUUACUUUAGUCGAAUGUAUAGGGAACACUUUUUUUAGACUUAUCAAGGAAUCUAUGUUGCAUCAUACUUACAACCAGUUGAUCCAAAUGAUUUACAAAAUAAAUAAGUACGGUUGAAAUAGAAGGACUGCUACAAAAGUAAUCAUAUAAUCUCUAAUUUAUUAUUAGAUAAGAUUACAAUAGUAUUUGAUCUUGAUGAGACUUUGGUCCAUUGCAAUGAGAGUUUAGCGAUACCAAGUGAUAUCAUAUUAUCGAUUCAGGUGUCUCCCCAGGAAACUAUUAAGGCAGGCAUAAAUAUUAGACCUGGAGUUGUAAAGUUAUUAGAAUUGCUUGUGAAUGAUUUCGAAUUGAUAGUCUUUACAGCUUCCCAUCCCUGCUAUGCUUAAAAAGUUAUUGAACAUCUGGAUCCCUAAAAGACACUUUUUUCUCAUAGUCUAUAUAGAGAUAAUUGUAUAAUGACCACUGGAGGCAUGUAUACAAAGGAUCUUAGAAUUUUCGAUAGACCAUUGAGUCAACUAGUUUUGGUGGAUAAUGCUUCUUAUUCCUACGCUUGGCAAUUGGAGAAUGGAAUACCUAUCAUUCCAUUUUAUGAUAACAAGGAGGAUCGAGAACUAGAGUCUUUACUCAAAUACCUUAAAGGCCUAUAAGGAUGUAAAGAUGUAAGGGAAUACAACAAGUAAGAUAUCAUAAAAUAUUAAAGAAAUCAUUUGAGAUUGCAGCACUUUUAAGAUCCUUCAGGGCCUGGAGUGGUAUUUGAGAAACUGUUUCAAUAGAAGAUGUAAAUUUGAUGAUAUUUUAUUAAAUGAAAAAUACUCUAGGCA